AUGCAUUCUCUAUUUGGUUCUCUACAAGCUUCAGAAUCACAUAUAGAGGUUAAUAAAACUAACAUUGAAGGCAUACAUUCGGUAUCUGAAACUAACAACGAAGACACACAUUUAGUAUCUGAAACUGAACUUGAAGCUCAGAUAUUGCUUCAAAAGAAACGUCCAAAACAUAAAGCCACAUAUGAAGAAGAACAAAUCUAG